AUGGAUGUGAUAAAGACGCAACAGAUAUCAGCAAGGACCAUCGAGAAAGUAGUCGUUCAUCCACUCGUCUUGCUCAGUAUCGUCGACCACUACAACCGCGUCGCUAAGGACUCGCGCAAGCGCGUCGUCGGCGUUCUCCUCGGUAGCAGCUCUCGUGGUAUCGUUGACGUCACCAACAGCUACGCAGUGCCGUUUGAGGAGGAUGACAAAGACCCAAGUAUCUGGUUUCUUGAUCACAACUACCAUGAGUCAAUGUUCCACAUGUUCAAGAGAAUCAAUGCCAAGGAGCAUGUUGUAGGUUGGUACAGCACUGGCCCUAAACUUCGAGAGAAUGAUUUGGAUGUUCAUGCUUUGUUCAGUGGCUAUGUUCCAAAUCCAGUGUUGGUCAUUAUUGAUGUCCAGCCUAAAGAACUUGGAAUCCCCACUAAAGCUUACUAUGCAGUUGAGGAGGUCAAGGAGAAUGCUACUCAGAAAAGCCAGAAAGUCUUCGUUCAUGUGUCUACAGAAAUAGCUGCUCAUGAAGUCGAGGAGAUUGGUGUGGAACAUUUGCUGAGGGAUGUGAAAGACACAACUAUCAGUACCCUGGCGACUGAGGUCACUGCCAAACUUACGGCUUUGAAGGGGCUAGACGCACGUCUUAGGGAGAUCAGGAGUUACCUUGACCUUGUAAUUGAAGGAAAGCUUCCACUAAAUCAUGAGAUUUUGUACCAUCUGCAGGAUGUUUUCAACUUGCUUCCAAACCUGAAUGUGAACGAGUUGGUCAAGGCCUUCUCAGUGAAAACAAAUGACAUGAUGCUCGUUAUCUAUCUAUCGUCCCUCAUCCGGAGUGUAAUAGCGCUCCACAACUUGAUCAACAACAAGUUGCUGAACAAGGAACAUGAAAAGGAAGAGGACUCAAAACCGGUGCCCAUACCCAUCACCAGCUAA